AUGGAGUACCUCUGGGCCCAUGCCAUGACCCCCUUACCCACCCUCCGCGCCGUACCGAAUCGCACCAACAAUUCCGCCAAACAACAUCCUCCCACAACCACAGUCAAGCGCUCGCGCAUCCCCGGCCACAGGCGGACUACUUCGGCCAGCGACGACAGCAGCUCGGCCAGGAGCCGUGACUCGCACGAGGUACCUCAUUCCCCGAACCCUUCCUCUUCUUCUGCUAGUGCUUCGCGUGCCCAUCCUGCUGUUGCGGUACUUACAAAGUACCCCGCCGCUGUCGCUCCACCAGCGUCCCAUCGAAAGCGGGUGCCUGCAUCGACCAAACCCGACAGACAUCUAUCUCCCUGCUUGCAUGCUUGCAGGGCGUCCCACGUCCCACCCUCGUUGGACAGCGGCGCUGACUCUGUCUUUGAAACCUUCCAGAAGAACUCUGUUGUCUCGAGCAGCAACAGCAGCAGCCGCAGAAACAGACAAUCCGGCGGCGGGCCGCACUCGUCACACUCUCCUGCCAACGCCAAUACUACCACCCUCGACAGGGACAAGAGCGGCAGCAGUCACAGCAGCGGCGGCCACCCCCACCACCAUGCUGCCAUGCCACCCGACUCCUCGGCGCGCAAUAAAAUCAGCGGCAUCGCCUUUGGCCGCGCCGAAAGCGUCUCGAGCAACUCUGGAGCCACGACUCUGAGCUCCCGCACCAUGAUGUCCAGCGAGCCGCCUUCCAGCGCCGAGGGCGGCUCCUCGUCGCAGCACCACCUGCCCAAGCCCGUCGUCACCCGCAACGGCAGGACCUACCUGUCCGAUCCCUCCAUACCCUACCCGCUCCCCGUCGACCUUGCGGAGCUGCACCGGCAGUCGCUGCGGACCCUGAUGCUGUUCCAGCUGUUCAACGGCCCGCUGUGCUCGCCGGCCUUUGCCAACAAGCCGCCCACGCGGGUCCUCGAGGUCGGCUGCGGCUCCGGGUUCUGGAGCAUGAUGUGUCACCGGUACUGCAAGCAGCAGGGGCACACCAACAUUUCGUUCACGGGCAUGGACGUCGCCCCCAUCGGAUCGGGAUUCGACAGGAAAAAGGCAGACCCCGGCUCUAGAGACGAGAAGCAACAGCAACAGCAACAGCAACAAAAUACAGGCCACGACAUGCGGCCGGACAAAGACAUGAAGUGGCGCUUCGUCCAGCAUGACAUGCUCAAGACCCCCUGGCCCUUCCAGGACGGCGAGUUCGACCUCAUCAUGUUCAAGGACGUCACGCUGGCCGUCACCAACACCAAGCAGCAGGAGAUCACGGACGAGUGGCUGCGCUGCCUCAAGCCGGGCGGCGUCUUCGAGUGCUGGGAGAGCGACUACACCCUCCGCAUGCUGCGGCCGCACGUGCCCGAGUCCAGCAGCAGCGCCGCCGCCGCCGCCGCCGCCAACGCCGACACGGACGACGAGGAGGACGAGCACGAGGCGGCCGCCCGCAUCGGCGCCUACGUGCUGUCGCCCAACACGCCGCUCUCGGCGCCGCUCAACAACUACAUCGUCGAGUACAACGGCUGGGUGCAGCGCGCCCUCGAGCUGCGCGACCUGUGCCCCGUGCCCUGCACGCUCAUGACCCCGCUGCUCAUCCAGGAGUCGGCCGACCUCAUGGGCAUCGGCUCGCGGCGCAUGGCCGUGCCCCUCUCGGAGGUCAAGUGGGAGCGCGAGGGCGUCGGCGGCGUCGUGACCAAGGACGGCAAGAGCUACAUCGAGUCCGGGGCGGCCAAGGGCAAAGGCCGGGGCGGCAAGUCGCUCUCGCCGCCGCAGGCGGCGCUGCGGCGCACGGCGCUGCUGACGGUCGUGCAGAUGGUGCAGAGCCUGGAGCCGCUGCUGCGCGAGGUCAGCAGCAAGAGCCAGGACGAGUGGGACGCGUGGUCGGGCAAGAUGAUGAACGACCUGGUCAAGGAGAACGGCACGUCGUGGGGCGAGUGUCUCGAGGUCGGGGCGUGGUGGGCCAAGAAGAGGAAGUGA